AGAAGCCAACAAAGUGCACCGAGUCUUCUUCGUCAUCUAAAUCGACGUAACGAUUACUUUUAACCAUCAUUGUUUCGUGUCAUAACUGAGACUGGCAUCGGUGAUAAUCCUAGCUUGAUUUUUAACGAUCAAAACGUUCGAGAUGAAGAUUAGUCGAAUGUCAACGUUUUGAAUCCAUCGAACGAGUUUGUCCCGUUAUUAAUAAAAAAAAAUAUAAAGUAUUGUUAUUUUCACGAGUCGAUAAACGAUUUUCGUUCGAGACACGUGCAAGUGGACCGUGUACUACCGAUUCGCGACAGACGAUUAUGAGUCAUUGUUAAACGGUCCUGUUCAGAGUCAGGAAGUUAAUGCACUAUCGAUAUCAGUAGUUUUCUUCGUGCGUAGUUCGUGUUAUCAAUGGUCAAAAUGUUACACUCACGAGCACAGAGGAAAAUCAGUAGAUGUGUUGCAAAAUUUACAAAAUAAUUAGCUCGAUUGCCACAUAGUGAUACGUUACUGAUUAGAGAUGAUCAUUCUGUGAGGAAAAAAAAAAGAGAUUGUACAUUACUCAAUAUGUAAAUGUUAACAGUAAAUAUUUUUUAAUUCCGAAUCACUUAUCACUAUAAUUAAUGUUCUUUAUAAUUAAACAUAAAAUCGAAUGGCUUCCAGUGUGUAACAUGAACUGUAUACCAAAGUUCAAGUGAUUCCAUAAGAUUAUUAGGUCAAUGUUCUUUUCACUAAUUAUAUAGUGAAAACAAUUCGUCGAUUUGUUUCUUAAUGUGUAAAUAUAAAAGAUAUUAUUGAUGAUGGCGGGGCUUGACACCACCACAUAGAGUAAAGUCUAUUUCUAUGGCGACAUUUACACAAGAGGAAAUAGAUUUUAUAAGAGAACGUGGUAACGAAUACUGCAGAAGAAUAUGGUUAGGCUUGAUGAAUCCAAAUUCCUCUCAAACUUUAGACACAAAAGACGAACAAAAAAUGAAAGAUUUAAUGAGUGCAAAAUAUGAACUUAAGAGAUACUACUUGGAUCCGUCCAUGGCAAAUCAAAAAUCACAAUUGCCAAAUCAAUCAAACAUUCCAAGGGUUCCACAUUCUGGGACGUCCACUUUAUCUCCUAUACCAAUGCAGAAAACAAAUAAUUCCGAUUCGGUUAACUCCAAUAACUUUUCGACAGAUUUUGUAGCUGAUUUCAGCAAAGUUCCUGAUCCAUUUAUUACUACUACAAUACCUGCAAACAAACUCAGUCAACCUAUUGUACCUCAGCCAUUUUUCGCUAACUUUGACAACAAUCCUAUUUUUAAUAGUCCAAAAAAUGCAAAUAUCGAAUCGUCAAGUCCAUUUAAUCAGACUACAGGAAAUUCUCUGAGUACAACAAACGCAAACGGAGCGUAUAUGCCACCAUCGGAAGAUCGUUACGCGGCACUGAAAGACUUAGAUUCAUUAAUGAAACAAACCCAACUGAAAGAUGAUAGUGGUACAACAGCAAACACGCCUACAUGGAAUGCUAAUAAUGCUACAAAUUCAAUCUGGAAUGUAGGAAAUCAAACUACACAUGUAAUCUCGAAUCCUUUUGCGAGUGGUGAUCUAUGGCGACCAUCAGCCAACGUAGUCAAUAAUAAUAAUUCUCAGUCAAUUGAUACCUCCCUAUGUAAUCCUAUUAAUCCAUUUAAGCCAGUACAAUUUCCUAUGAACAAUGAUCCCCAAUGGGUAGGUAUCGGACCGUCGACGCUGGACCUGUCAGGUAACAGAGAUGUAAUUCAGUUUAGUCAAUUAAUGACGAACAAAGUGUGGCAACCCACUCUUCCAGCAUAUCAUGCAAAUCCUUUUAUGGUUGGUUCUGGUGUGAGCAACAUGACAAGAAAUUCGAACAAUCCUUUCUUAUGAUUAAGUAAGCAUAAGUUUUUAAUGGAGUUACGAACAAAUAAUGCAGACCUAAAAUAUGUUUAGAUUAGGACAAUUGUUUAUAUACGUGACCUUAUUGGCAAUUAGUGCCAUUAACUUUUAUCCCCAGGAGCACCAAUCUCUUAUUCAUAUAACUAAAUAAUACUUUUAUUUAUGAAUAUAAUAUACACGUUAAAUAAAGAUUAAUAUUUGUUACCAAC